AUGACCAUGCUCACUGUUAAGCAGCCAUCACACUACGGCUACAAGUCCGUCCAUGACCUACCAACUCCGCCUUCGACUUCCCGACCUUCGCCUCCUCUGUCUUACCAAGAACACCCUUCCCACAAGUUGCUGCCGUCCAUCCCCCGCAGUCACAGUCCACCCGGCCAGCCCAUGUCCGCGCAUCAUCGUGGCCUGCCUCCGCCGGCGGCUAUGACGCUGCCUCCCCAGCCGCCUCAUGCUGCUACCGCACCCCCUCCACCUCCGCCGCCCGCCCCCCAGGCCAUCAGCCAGCAGCCCACGACUCACAGCCAUGCUAUGGGCCAGCUGCCGGGCCCGCCUCCUCAAUGGCAGGGUGCUGAGGAUUCCAUGAGAAGCUGGUUGGCCGCCAAGACCGAGGAAGAGCGUAGAAGGCAGGAGGAGGAGAAGACCAGGCAAGAGUCUCUACGCCUUGAGCAGCGCCGCAUCGAAGCCGACAUGUUGCGCACCUCGCUGACGGGCGGAAUACCGCCACCCAUCGUGCCCCUCGUCUUCGCGGGCAUGGGCGGUGGUGUUCUGCCCCCGGCUGCCCUGGAAUGGGCACAGCAGUUCCUCAACCCGCACGGCCAGCCCCAGCAUCCUCAGUUGCUUCCUUCUCAAGGCCCUCUGUCGCCCGAUCACCGUCGCGAUUCUCAGUCGCAGCCGUACGGGCAGUAUUCCGGUGUGCCCGCGACACCAAGCUCCGCUCCCGGACCCCAUGGUUUCUCCGGUUACCCAGCUUCCCCCGGGACCCGGGGUAGGGCAACAACUUUGUCCUCGACAGGCUCGGUAUCUCGACCUCUCGGAUCUACGAACUUGCCCAGUUUGAACACCAACGUGCCGCAGACCGGCCCGCAGCAGGUCCAGAGUCACCAGGCACACCCGACGGCACAGUCCGCAGCUGCUCAGCAGGAAGCGCAGCCCAGUCCGUCCAUCUACUUCCAUCACUGGCAUCCGCCUACGUCCCAAGCCGGAGGUGGCUCUACCCAGCCUGCGACCCCCUCCGGUGCGUCCAGCAAGACCAAAAGAAAGCGCGAGUCGCUUUAG